CUCGAAAUAUGUUUUCUGAAAUUCUUCCUGAGACCAUAAGUUUUCAUUGCGUAUGUUUCUUUUUUUACUGACUCUGCUUUCAGAAUCAUUCCUAUUUUCCUUAUCCAUCGGCCCAAGAAUAACAUCCCUUAUGCAACAGUGGAAGAGGAACUCAUUGGAGAAUUCGUGAAAUACUCUGUUAAGGAUGGGAAGGAAAUAAAUUUCAUGCGAAGAGACUCGGAAGCUGGCCAGAAAUGUUGCACGUUUCAGCACUGGGUGUAUGAAAAAACCAGUGGCAGCUUGCUUGUAACAGAUAUGCAAGGUGUAGGAAUGAAACUAACAGACGUUGGCAUAGCAACACCGGCCAAAGGGUACAAAGGUUUCAAAGGCAAUUGCUCCAUCUCUUUUAUCGAUCAGUUUAAGGUUCUUCACCUGUGCAACAAAUAUUGUGAGAUGUUAGGACUGAAACCCCUUCAAAGCAGUGGUCUGAAACAGAAGAAGUCUGCAGUCUCCAGAAUCAAGGCACAAUCCAAUCCAACUAUUGCAAAGAAAAGAUUGGUCAAUACGCAGACUUCCAAAAAAACAUAAGAUCGUCGGUUUUUUCCCCAAGGAAAUAUUGAUGACUUUUAUCUUUGCCACAGGACAUCUUUGGAAAUGUAUACUGAUUUUGCUUUAUUAUUUUUCUGCAAUGUGCCAACGAUGGCCCUUCUUCCAAGCAACCUUGGCAGCAUGUGGGUGGAUGGCAUAAAAAGACCAGAGAAUAUUUACACUGCAUCUCUUGGUGGCAGCACUAAACUUGGGAAAAAUUGAAUUUAAUGGAUUCCUUCCGUCUAAGUCAGCUGCUACAAAACCAGAGACAUACAUGUAGGGUGUUUCAAAACACUUGUGAUAAAUAUAUUCCACGUUUUUCUUCUGUUUGCUGUAUCUUCGGGUACUGCUUUUUCUAGGUCUUUCUAAAUGCUUGCCUCACCGAGUAACAUAAAAGAUUGGCAGAAACUGUACGUAGAAGAGGAAUAUAACUCUGGAGUUCAUAUGUAUUUUGUUUUAUGUUGCACAACGUGGAAUUGAGACCUGUGUCAAAUAUGUAAUAAUUGUAUUUAUAAAACACAGAGUGGUAACCUUCAGGUGAUCUGAGAGCUGCAUGGAACUCAUGACCACGAUCAUGUUAUUUUAUAGAGUCCUAGAGUUGGCAGUGACCUCAGAUGGCAGCUAGUGUAACCCUCUGCUGAGUUCAGGAUCUGUCAUUUGUAACCUCAUAUCCCUAACUUCCCCGGAUACAAGUCCUGGCGACUGCAGAUGCUGCCACUAGCUUUAAUGUAGCAUAGUACGACUUAGUAGGUCUUCCUGUCUCAUUGCUGGCAAGUAUGUAAAUGAAGAAAAGAGAAAAAGAACAACAGCUGUAGGAACAGCUGCCCUGAAGAAGGUAUAUCUGCAGUAACUAUACUGUAAAUCCCAUCAGAUCUGUCUAUGGAGAUUCUCAAUCAUCCAGGUCAUAGUUGUCCCCAAGGGUGUUUCUUUUUUCCAAAAGGCAUCUGGACUUUCUUGAUGUUUUCUUUUGAAAUCUUGGAACUUCAGUUCUCUGAACCUGAAGAAGCUUCUUGGAUGAGAAGUGAAAUGUUUUCAAACAAAACACUUCAAUUGCCUUUUGGAAAAAAAAAACACCUUUGGGAUCCAAUUAUAUCCAACAGAAGUUUGUGCCAUAAACAAGAAAUGUCCAUGAUGCUGACAACCAAUAUAUGAAACCAACAUCCUCCUUGCCUUGCUAGGCAUGCUGUAAAACAUGGAGUUUCCAUCAAUAUAUUUCAGGACGAGAAGAAGAAUCCCAGUUCAAAGUAGUGUAGAAAUCUAGCAUUAUUUUGACUCUUCACAGAUCUCAAAAGAGACUAAAUUGAUUUCAGAAGAGACUAAAUCAUUUUACUACAUCUGUUAAAUAUAUAUUCGAUCUUAACCAUCUCUGUUUUUGUUCUUUCUUAAUGAUUUGCACAGUAAAACUUGUUACUGUUGUGCUUAUGUUCCCAAUUAAAUUCUUUCCUCCAAUUAAUUAAGAUUUCACUUUAGGCAAGACUGUACCAAUAUUUUCUGUUUCCUCUGCAUACAUUAAUGGCCUCUGAUAAUGAAUUCAUUAUUAAAUUCGGUCAGUCAUUUUGAUAUUUAAAGCGGUUGGACCUGGUAAAAGAAAUAUUAACCACGAUUCAGCCAUCGUAUUGAUUAGUUUCAGAAAAGUCUUAAGUGUUGACAUAGUAAAAUAUUUCAUUUGUGAAUGUAGGGUAAUAAACCUAUCUCGACUUAUUAUCAACUGUAGUUGUAGCCAUUCUGCAGGUUUAAAAUGAUAAUUAUUUCAACAUUAAACAAGUAUGUGUGCAGGACAAAACAGAUGAGUUCAACUAAUUGUUGAAUAUAAUGGUGUUCUAAAAGCAACAUUGAUUUAUUUGAUCUGUGCUAUUGUAAAGCACACUAAAAGGUAUCUGAAGCACCUUUGAAUUUUCUAUCGGAUGGCUGAUUGGUUUUUGCAGACUCUCAUGUACUUUUCAAUUAACGAGAGGUGAAUAACGGACACUUGCAUGCGUUGAUGAACACAAAAUAAUUGAUAUGAGGGGGUGAGAAAAAUACCUCUUCUCCCUAAUUGUACAGUGGCUCCAUGUUUCUCAGUCUCAACGACUUUAAAAUAUGUGAUUUCCUGGGGGUUGAGGAAUUCUGGGAGCUGAACCUCCCCAUAUCUUAACAUUGCUGAAAGGCACCUCAAUGUCUCAGAGCAUCUGUAGAUGGAAAUCAAAAAAGUUGAUUACAGCCACCUCCCCUUUUUAAUAGGGAUGUGGUGGCUCAGUGGCUAAGAUGCCAUUGAUUGACCUUUUGUUUGGGGUGAGCUCCUGUUACUUGUCCCAGCUUCUGCCAACCUAGCAGUUCGAAAGCUCGUAAAAAAUGCAAGUAGAAAAAUAGGGACCAUCUUUCCAUGCGCCUUUGGCGUUUAGUCAUGCCGGCCACUUGACCAUGGAGACGUCUUCAGACAGCGCUGGCUCUUCAGCUUUGAAACAGAAAUGAGCACCACCCCCUAGAGUCGGGAACGACUAGCACAUAUGUGCAAGGGGAACCUUUUCCUUUACUCCUUUUUUAUAUGCAUCACAGAUAAAAAAGGGGUAAGACUUCACUGGAGAGAUUUAGCUGCCAUCUUGAUUAUUCUGGUUCCCUCCCCAGCAGUGGCCUAACAAAAUUCCCUUCUGUUUCUAAACCUGAACAAAUACUGUUUGACCAGCAAUCGGAUUGGAAUAAUUUUAGAAAUGUGCACUGCAUUUACUAAGCUAUAUGUUUAAUUACCUAGUUAUUUUUCUAUUGUUAAGAAAAAAAUAUUUAAAUGUUGAUAAUGUCAUUGUACAAUUAUAAAAAGUAUAUGUAUGUAAGAUUAGAUUUUAUUAAUGUACUUUUUUUGUUUUUGUGGGUCUUUUCUUUUUGCAUAUCUAAGUAAGUCACAAUAUAUAAAGAGUCUGAGGAUAAUAAUUAUGAGUAAUUUAAAAGAUGCAAGAAAAUAACUAGCUAGUUGGGACAUGAUUAUAUAUACUCGUCUAUAUUUUUGGGAAUGGUGUGAUGCAAUGGGCAGUCUUAAAAAUGUACAAAUUACAUAUAUUAAAAACUAGGUGCUCAAAAGGCAUCAUAUGAGUUUACUUCAGUUGCAAAAUCUUAUAUUACGAAGCAUGAUUUCUUCUUAUAUUCAUACAAAAUUGUGAAAAUAAGAAGAAAUCAUUCGUCAAAGCAAUUGAAACACAGGUCCUAGUAAUGAUUGAGUGAAAAUGUGCCUGCAGUAAAAUGAUUCAAUUAAAAUAGGUACUGUCUCUCAAAUGUAUUUUAUGGAGGAAUUCAAAAUACUGGUGAAGAAAAUGUCUCUGGAUCUACAAUAAUUCCUGACUGCAACUGAUGCAAUUUGCAGAGUGCCCAAACGGACAGAUUUCUGAUCCAAAUCACUCUAAGCAAUUCAAACCCUUUUCAGAAAUUUGAAUGGUGAUACUUGUUCACUAUAUAAUUUCCAAUAAUAAUUAACCUUGAACCAGGUAUUUAAAACUUUGCUCCAUUUGAUGAAUGACUUGAGAUAUAUGAACCAGACACAUCCUCCAUAAUUGCUAUCCACACUAAGAAAGAGUUCUCCAUAGUAUCUAAAAUAUCCCUUAAAUUAUAGUGAUUUUCUCAAAGCGAGCUUGACUCUUAUACCUACAUGUCUGUAUCCAUGUACUCUUCUUGUUAACAUAUAAAAGUUAUUAAAUAUUCCCCUUCUUGAUGUU